UGCCUGUCAUUUAGGAGUUUGCAAAAUAAUUUUUACAUUGAAAGUAUCUUUUGCGUGAUUUUUGCACAAACAAAUUCCGGUUAAUUAAAAGUUUAUACAUAUAAAGAUUUUUAUAAACGGAAACGAAUUUGUUAAUAAGUUAUUUGUGAAAUAUUUAAGAAAUUUAACAAAAUGCCUUCAUCUGAAGUUUUGGUAAACAAAGUCAUUGUACAUCCACUUGUAUUGUUGUCCGUGGUGGAUCAUUUUAAUCGUAUGGGCAAGAUUGGAAAUCAAAAGCGUGUAGUGGGUGUUCUAUUGGGUUGCUGGCGGUCAAAGGGUGUUCUAGAUAUAUCCAACAGUUUUGCUGUGCCUUUCGAUGAGGAUGACAAAGAUAAAUCUGUUUGGUUUUUGGAUCAUGAUUAUUUGGAGAAUAUGUAUGGCAUGUUUAAAAAAGUCAAUGCCAAAGAACGUGUUGUGGGCUGGUACCACACUGGUCCCAAACUUCACCAAAAUGAUAUUGCUAUCAAUGAACUGAUAAGACGCUAUUGUCCCAAUUCUGUUUUAGUUAUUAUUGAUGCCAAACCUAAAGAUUUAGGUUUACCUACAGAAGCUUACAUAGCCGUUGAAGAAGUUCAUGAUGAUGGUUCUCCCACCAGCAAAACAUUUGAACAUGUACCCAGCGAAAUUGGAGCAGAAGAGGCGGAGGAAGUGGGUGUAGAGCAUUUGUUACGUGACAUUAAAGAUACCACUGUCGGUAGUUUAUCACAAAAGAUUACCAAUCAAUUAAUGGGACUGCGCGGUCUUAAGGCUCAGUUGGAUGAUAUAAAGAAUUAUUUGCAACGUGUUGGUGAUGGCAAGAUGCCCAUUAAUUAUCAAAUUGUCUAUCAACUACAGGAUAUUUUCAAUCUAUUGCCCGACAUUACAAACGAUCAAUUUACCGAGACUAUGUAUGUGAAAACAAAUGAUCAAAUGUUAGUGGUCUAUUUAGCCUCCAUGGUACGUUCUAUCAUCGCCCUACACAAUCUCAUCAACAAUAAAUUGGCUAAUCGUGAUGCUGAAGAGGGCAAAGAUAAGAAGUCCGAUGAUAAAACGAAAGAAAGCAAAGAAAAAGAAAACAAGGAUACCAAGGACAAAAAGGCCGGUUCUGAUACAGAAAAGACCGACAAGAGUAAGGAUGAUACAAAUACCAAGAGCAGUAAGAAAUAGGAGAGAAGAAAAAAGAAAAAGAAGCCUAGACGUAAAAAGAAACGUGACUGAGUAACGACUUUCAUCAUUUGCUAAUUUAUACUACAAAUAAAAAAACAAAACAAACUCCCAGGCUCUUUAUUCGUCAAAUACACAUUUCAAAUGCAAGCAAAAGAAAAAAAAAUAUUAAAAUAUUCAAAAAUUACCAUUAUUUCUUUAAGAAAAUACAUACAUAUUUAAAGGAAAGCGAAAAACAAGAAACCCAAAAACAAUCUUAUUGAAAAUAGUCUUCCGUGCAUCGGAACUAUUACUAUUUUCUCACCCGUAGUCUUUAUAAAAAAAAACAAAAUGCCUAUUCUACUAAUAAUAAAAAUGUUUGAAAACAAAAAGUAUUUGCUUUAAAGUUUAAACUUGAAAUUUUUUUGCUUUUCAGCGCUCGUUAUUAGGUGGCAUUUUGAUUUUGUAAACAGCCAUUUAAUGAAAAUAAAACAAAGGUAUACGUUUGUUGAAAAUUAUGAUCAAGAUGAUGAUA